AUGUCGACCUCCAAAUCUAUCAUCGAUGAGACCUAUAUCAAUGUUCAUCUGAAAGGAGGCAAUCUUCAUUCGGAAUUACUGCACAUAGAGGCAUCUUUCAACAAAGGAUAAUUUAAGGGAUAAUCAAUUCCAUUGAGAUGUCAAUGGUUUAACAUCACCAAGGAUUAGGAUUUUGUGGAAAUAGAGGAUGUAUCGGGACAAUUCUAUCAACCUUGUAUUUUAGACAUUGAUACUAAAAUUAUGGUCCAAGCAAUCCCGAUUUUGGACUUUGAAUAUAAUGGCAUGCCCUUAGUGGCUGAAACCAAUUUCUUGCAGGCUGAUUCCAAAAUCUUUGAUUUAGUUAAUUAAGCAUUCAAUGAGGGAGAGAUGCAAUUGAAUUGUAAAUUGGAAAAUAUCCAACCUCAAGAUGAUAACCAACCCUUUACAGAUCUUAACUUACCUUAGAUAUGCACUUUGAUUGCCAAUGAUCAAGGGUUGAUGUUUAAGACUGAUUAAAAUAAGAUGUUGUUCAAUAUCGAAAAGUACUAACUCAAGAUUAUUAAGAAAAAUAACAAUUAGAUUGAAAUCUUCAAUUAAAAUAUUAAACUAUUAGUAGCAUUAACAAAUAAUAUCGUUCGAGAUGCCAUUUUUCAAUUUAGCAAAACAUUAAAAUCAAAAAAAACUCAUUUAAGUGACACAGCCUAAUUGUAUGUAACACUCUCUGAUUAUGAAUAAAAGUUGACUUAAAAGGACAAUGAAAUUUCAUAACUAUAGGAAAUCAAGCAAAAACUGACCAAAAAUCUUAAUGAACUUUAAUCUUAGUGCAAUUUAAAUAACAAAAAAAUCGAAUCAAAUGAUAAAUAAUUAGCACAACAGAAUUUACAAGUGUAAAAUAAGGACAAAGAAAUAUAUAAUUUAAAAUAAUAGAUUGAUAAGUUGGAUGGAAAAACUUAAAUAUUUAUAUAAGAAAUUAAAGUGUUGAAGAGUUAAGUAAUCUUAUUAGAAAGCACAAAUAAAAAGUUCUAACUUGAAAUAGAUGAAUUAAAGAAGAAUCAACACUAAAAUUAAGAUGAAAUACGCGAAAUGUUUUAUAAAGAAAAACUAGAUAGCUUAAAAUAACAAAAUGAUAAAUGCACAAAGGAAAAUCAAUAAUGGCAACUCAUUAAUGAUUAGUUAAUGAAAGAAAUAAAAAAACUAGAAAGCAACAACAUGCUUAUUCUAGAAGAGAAAGAACUAAUUUAAAAUGAAUUGAAUAGUCUCAAAAAAAAAUAUGAGAGCUUGUUAUAAGAAAUUGAACUUAACUAAAAGAAAGAGAAAUCAGACAUCUCCUCUGAAAGUGAUGUUCAGUCAAAUAAAUAAUCUGAAAUCAUUAUUAGCAAUUCAAUUGUUUAGAAUAACAACAAUGGUUCUUAGGAUGAAAUUAAAAGGUUGAAAAUUACUAUUAAUAACUUGGAAGCUACUAUUAAGAAUUUGAAAUGUGAUUAUGAAUAGGAUAUGCUUAAGUUAACAAAUAAACACUUUUUAAAGAGCAAUACUUCUCAAGAAAUAUAGAUGUUGCAGAAAUUAGCUAAUUCUUUGGCUGAAAGUCUAUCAGAUAAAGAAUAAGCUUUAUAAACUUAGAGAAACAUUAAUCGAGAACUACUGAAUAAACUAUCUGAAUACACGAAGUGA